GCGGCACCGUAUAUACGCUGCCGAGCCUCUGCCCCAUUCCACCUUCAGCCAUUUUAACCAUGUUGGGAGCUGUGGGACGCUGCUGCACCGGGGCUUUGCAAGCUCUCAAGCCCGGGGUGACCUCCCUGAAGGCUCUCAACGGAGCUCCAGCGGCACUGUUUUCUCGCAGGGAUUAUGCCGCUCCUGCCGCAGCUGCUGCCGCCGCCAGCGGGCGUAUCGUCGCGGUCAUCGGCGCCGUUGUGGACGUCCAGUUCGACGAGGGUCUGCCCCCUAUUCUCAAUGCCCUGGAAGUGGCCGGCCGUGACACUAGGCUAGUCCUCGAGGUGGCUCAGCAUCUGGGUGAGAACACUGUCCGCACCAUCGCUAUGGACGGUACUGAGGGACUGGUGCGCGGUCAGAAGGUUCUUGACACCGGUGCCCCCAUCAGAAUCCCUGUGGGACCUGAGACGCUUGGCAGGAUCAUGAACGUCAUUGGUGAGCCCAUUGACGAGAGAGGACCAAUUACAACAAAACAGACUGCCCCCAUCCAUGCGGAGGCCCCAGAAUUCAGAGACAUGAGUGUCGAGCAGGAGAUUCUGGUCACAGGAAUCAAGGUCGUAGACCUGCUGGCACCCUAUGCCAAGGGUGGUAAGAUCGGUCUUUUCGGUGGUGCUGGUGUGGGAAAGACUGUAUUGAUUAUGGAGCUGAUCAACAACGUGGCCAAGGCUCAUGGUGGUUACUCGGUGUUCGCUGGUGUAGGAGAGAGAACCCGUGAGGGAAACGAUCUCUACCAUGAGAUGAUCGAGUCUGGUGUCAUCAACCUGAAGGACACCACCUCAAAGGUGGCUCUGGUGUACGGACAGAUGAACGAGCCCCCAGGUGCCCGUGCCCGUGUGGCUCUGACUGGACUGACCGUUGCUGAAUAUUUCCGUGACCAGGAGGGGCAAGAUGUGCUGCUAUUCAUUGACAACAUUUUCCGCUUCACCCAGGCUGGAUCUGAGGUCAGUUCAGCUGAGGUCUUCACUGGACACUUGGGCAAGCUGGUGCCCCUGAAAGACACCAUUAAAGGCUUCAAGGCCAUUCUGGGUGGUGAGUAUGACGCUUUGCCUGAGCAGGCCUUCUACAUGGUGGGCCCCAUCGAGGAGGUCGUCCAGAAGGCAGAGAGGCUGGCUGAGGAGCAUUCGUAAAUGAGUCUGUUUAAACGUGUCAGGGUGGGUUGAAUGAAAGGGAGGAGCACUUGGUUUGUAACGUCGCAUUCAAAAACAAAUUGCAUCUUUAUCGCUGGACAUUCUGAAGUUCUAUUUAAUGUUUCCAAUUUGUGAAGAUGGAAAUAAAACUGUCUUAACGUGAACCAUU